GCCAUAACCAAACUUCAAGCUCAGUUACCCUUUCCCAACCAUCUUACCUAGUGUCUCUUGACUAGGCAAAUGCUUAUCGAGUACUGAGAAACUAAAAAGGAAAAAAAAUAAGAAAAGGAAAAUAUAUUUAAAGUUUUUUUUUUGGUAGGAAAUUUUUGUCAUAUUUAUUUGUUUUCAGUUGCUUUUCUCUUUUUGGUGAAUAGGAAUCCUUCUACCAGAUUUUGAAGGUUCUUUUCGUUUUCAUUUUGGUUCUGUUUUUGGUUAUUUUGCUUGUUGUCACUCUUUACCCUUAUCCUUCCUUACUGCUAUUCAUUCAUUCUCUUUUUGUACAGCUUUUUUCUAUCUAAAAUAAAACUAGGAUGGCUACACAGCCAUUGAACUUUUGCUCUAAAUGCUGGAAUGAAGUAAAAAACGAUUCCACAGUUUUCGUUUUUGGAAAAUACUGGCAUGUAAACUGCUUUUCAUGUAGCUGUUGUGAUAAAAUUCUGGAUUCAUCAUCUGAUAAAUAUGUUUUUGAACAAGGGAGUUUGUAUUGCAACGAUUGUGUAAAGCUCUGCAAUUACUGUGAAUCUCCUAUCCUUGAGAUUACCGUAAUGGCAGGAGGUCAACCUUACCAUCCAUCUUGUUUUUCGUGCUCAAAUUGUCAUAAUAAUCUGGAUAGUAGCACGUAUGCAAGAUCCAAAGGGCAUAUGUAUUGUCUACCCUGUCUUCGCUAUGUUCAGAUCAAUCCCCAGUCAUCCACUGAAGACGUUAUUCAUAAAUUAACACGGGUUCCUUCGAAUCCUUACGAAGGUAUCUGUCAUUUGGAGAAGACUCCUCAAAAAAUUUCAAAUACUAUAGAGUCAUCCUCUUCACCUUCUGAACAAGUAUACUCUCCCAGUGGUUUUCGUCCUAAGCUUUCAAUCCAGACGUCAUCGCCUGAAAAUAUAAAUGCUUCCGUUCCUUUACAACCAAUUCAAGAGGUUUUAGAUAAUCAGGAGUCUAAGCCAAGACCCUGUCAACCACAAGUCUUCGUUUCUCCUGUCAAUCCUAUCACUCCAGGUGCCCAAACGAAUAAUAUCCUUUCUGGAUCUUUUGAGUCUGCCAAGUCUGGCUUUUCCAAUACUAUCGACUCUAACCUUCUAGCUUCCGAAUCUCUCCAUCCUAAUACUCAAAACUCUAUUGAGAGAGAUAUGCAAAUCCAUUCUCCAAGAAGCGAGCAGUUUGUACAUCCGAAGUUUCAAAAAGCUGCUCCUUUUUAUUUUCAAUCUCAAUCUGCUACCAAUUCUCCUUCCAAGCAUGGUGCUCUUAACAGUCGUACAGAAACGUCACCUAGCAAAUUAAGGACCGCUUUUCGAGACGUAACCAAUAAUAUAAAUGGCCAGACCUCUAAUGUUCGGAAUAGCAUUUCGAACAAUAGAGAUCUCAGACAAGAGACUUUUGGAGAACAAGAUUAUUCACCGACAAGAGGUCAAUUUCCUCGAUAUCCAUCCAGAUUGUCAAAAAAGAACCCUUGCCUUUCAAAUGACUUAGGCACUCAACCUUCACGUAAUGCGAUAACACCUUCCUCUUUGACUUUUUCUCCCCGUGCUAAAAGCUUUACUUUAUCUCAAGGCAACGCAAACCAUAUGUUUGAGCGUAGUCGAAGACGCAGUUCUUUGGUUCGUGCCAGUGAUGUAUUUUCAUCCAACGUUUUUGAGUUUACAGAAGAACAUGUCAAGGAUCUAGUUGCGGAAGUAUCAUAUCUUCAGACAGAACGGGGCGCUUUAUUACAGGAAAUUUCAACCUUAGCAUCGUUUACUGAUACCGUCCCGUGUAUGCCAGCUGAAUUAUUGGAGCAAGAGUUAGUAUCAAAUUUAGUGGAAAGAUUUGAUAACCUGUCGAAAUCAUUCCAGUCGGAAAUAACAUCCUUGCUGUUACGACGGGAUGCCUUGUCAGCUACCGUUACAAAAUUGCAAAAUGCAUAUAACACAGCAACAGAAGAAACUGCCUAUCUGAACGUUAAGAACACUGAAUUAGCGAGCCUAAAUAAUCAAUUGGAGAGAGAACUUUCGACUUUAAGAGAAUCUGCCCAGAGUAAAAGAAAAACAUCGUUUGGGUUGUUUGGUAGAAAAUCUGGCAAUUCAAGCUAUUCACCUUCGCCUUCUCAAUCUCCGCGUGAAUCAUCGUCUAGGUUACAGAUGGUUGCCUCGAGCCUUGGGUUCAGACCUAAAGAUAAGGAAAGUAAUAAAGAUAAUGAAGGCUUUAAACGUAACUCGAAACUUGAUCUUAGAAAAAGUCUAUCGAAAAAAUUCCAAUGGAAGAGAGAAUCAAGAGUUCCUACACCUUCAAGUAUCGUUGAGGAGACUGGAGUAGGAGAACAGGAAGAUAACGUUCCUGAAGCUGGCUUUUGUAAACUGUGUGGAAAGUACUCGACCCAACUGGGAGGUCAUUAUCAGGAUUGUCUCAGCUCCACAAUUGAUCAGCAAUAUCAAAUACAAAGAAACAAUGCUUCUUCUGCACCUUUAGACUCUGAGCAGUUUGACAGUGUAAAUCAAACAUUGAUUAAAGUUCCUUCUCUUAUUCCAGCAUGCAUAAAUUUCGUUGAGACUUAUGGCUUGGAUUAUGAAGGUCUUUAUCGGAAAAGUGGUGCAACGUCCCAAAUGAAAAGAAUAUGGACAUUGCUGCAAGAAGAAGACGUUGCUCUCCACCCAUCAGAUGACAUUUCUGCUGUGACUUCUGUACUAAAACAGUACCUUCGAAAUCUCCCAAAUCCUAUUAUAACCUUUGAAGAGUACUUUUCUUUUAUUUUAGCAGGAAGUUGUACCUCGUUUCAAGAAAAGCUUGAAGGGUUUAGAGGCGUUAUUGAAAGACUACCUUCCGUUCACUCGACAAUCCUGCGCUUGAUUAUAAAACAUUUGUCCAAGGUUGCUAAGUAUAGCUCUGAAAAUUUGAUGAAUUCUAAGAAUUUAGCUGUCGUAUUCUCUCCCACCUUAGUGCGAGAUCCCGCAAAUGAACGUGAUGUCGUUGACAUGACAAUAAAGAAUUAUGCUCUUUCCUUUUUAAUAGAUUACGCUGACGAAGUCUUUCCUUGAUUACCUCAAGCCGGCAAGACGAUGUUUUAUUAUGUCUUCCAUGUCAUUCUUUUCCUUUUUUUUUUUUUCUGGUCUUUAAAAACGUUUACAAAUUACGAUCUUUGCCCUGCUUAACUAAUGGCAUUGCUUCUAUUCAUUUCUGCCCAGAUGCACGUCGUUCGUUAUAUAAUUUGCUUUUUCAUACAUAUAAGGUUUGAAAGCUUCACUUUUUCAAAUGAAAACAGAAUAUCUUUUUGGAAAUAACACUACUAAACAAGUGUUUACUUAUAUGGGAGUUCCAACCAAAUAAUAUCUCCUACUGAUAAUACCUUCUUUAAUUAAUUUAAAAUGAGCACAAAAUCUAAUGAUUUCAUUUCUUAUUUGUAUUC